UUAGAAGAAAAAGUUUCAGCUUCAGUCUCCAAACAUUUCCCAUUAUGGUACUUGAAUCCCCAAUCUAAGUUUCUUGAUUAUCAAAUCCCAAAUUUCUGUACACGCAAUUUUCUCUAACAUUAUCGUAAAGAUCCUAACUUUGACCGCGAUUCCGUUCGAUUGCACCGUCGUAAGCUCCGAUCUCUUUUUGUAAUUAUCUGUUAAAAAAAAGUAUAAGAAAUUCGUUUACUGCAUUUUGAUUCACCGAAAUGCCAUUUAAUUCCAAUGCUCGUAACAAAAUCAGAGAAACCCUAAUUAGAACUCGCCAAUUCAGUAAGUUUAUUUGGUUUGGGGACAAUUUUCAUGAAUGCCCACUUACUUGUAAUGUAGUUAUUGCAUAUUUUUCGUCACAAUCGUGUAAAAGCCCGAACUUUACUUCAGUUUUGAACCCUAAAGUUUGUGGGCAGUCUCUGGAAAGAGAUGGCGUUGAAUAUGGAUAUGUUGGGAAUAGAGAAAAGGGUUUUAAAGAAUGUAGAAUUUCAAUUUCAGAUGGACUUCUUGAUAAGAGUGGAGAAAAAUCUAACCUUGAUAUAGUGGGCGAAUCUGUAGAGUCCAACAAAGGAGGGGAGAAUGAGGGGGACAGUGAAAUUGAAUUAAGGGUUUUGAAUUCAUAUAAUAGGAAUAGAAAUCAAAGUGAAGUUUGUAGAAGUAUUGAGGGGGAUGAAGAUGAAUCAAGACACCCACUAGUUAAAGAAGUUCGUAGGAUAAUUGAUUUUCGUGCAGCAUGGACUCCGAAGCUUGAAGGGGAGUUGAGGCACUUGUUGAGAAGUUUGAAGCCUAGGCAAGUUUGUGCUGUACUGAGGACUUUGUCUGAUGAAAGGGUUGCUUUGAAGUUCUUUUAUUGGGCAGAUCGUCAAUGGCGGUACAGGCACGAUCCAAUUGUGUAUUAUGCAAUGCUUCAAGUUCUUAGUAAGACUAAGUUGUGUCAGGGGGCUAAGCGGGUGCUUCAGCUUAUGGUAAAGAGGAAGAUUGAGUGCGGGCCUGAAGAUUUUGGUUGUGUAAUGGUUUCUUUUAGUAGGGCUGGGCAUAUUAGGAAAGCUAUGCAGGUAUUAACUCUGAUGCAAAAAGCAGGAGUAGAACUUGAUCUGUCCAUAUGCAAUACUGCAAUUUAUGUUCUGGUGAAAGGCCAUAAGUUGGAGAAGGCAUUGAAGUUCUUGGAAAGAAUGCAAGUUAUUGGGAUGAAACCUGAUGUCAUUACGUAUAAUUGUUUGAUCAAGGGUUACUGCGAUGUACAUCGACUUGAAAGUGCAAUGGAGCUGAUCGCAGAAAUGCCCUUCAAGGGUUGCUCCCCGGAUAAAGUUAGUUACUAUACCGUGAUGGGAUUUCUCUGCAAGGAAAAAAGGAUCGAUGAAGUGAGAGGGUUGAUGGAGAAGAUGCUGAAGGAUAGUAAAUUGUUGCCCGACCAGGUUACUUACAACACCAUUAUUCAUAUGCUUUCCAAGUAUCUUCAUGCAGAUGAGGCAUUAGGAUUUCUAAGAGAAGCAGAAGAAAGAGGGUUAUUUAUUGAUAAGGUUGAGUACAGUGCAGUAAUAGAUUGCUUCUGUCAAAAGGGGAGGAUGGAUAGAGCAAAAGAACUUGUGAAUGAAAUGAUCUCAAAAGGAUGCACUCCUGAUGUUGUGACAUAUACGGCUGUUGUGAAUGGGUUUUGUAAAGUUGGAGAGCUUGAUCAUGCUAAAAAGUUACUUCAGCAGAUGUACAAGCAUGGUUGUAAGCCAAACUGUGUAUCAUAUACAGCAUUGUUAAAUGGCCUUUGUAGGAGUGGGAAUUCAACAGAAGCAAGGGAGAUGAUGAACAUGAGCGAGGAGGAAUGGUGGACCCCGAAUGCAGUGACAUAUAGUGUGUUAAUGCAUGGAUUUCGUCGAGAAGGGAAGCUGUCUGAGGCAUGUGAUUUGGCCCGGGAAAUGAUCAGUAAGGGCUUUUUUCCUACUCCGGUUGAAAUUAACCUCUUGAUUCAAUCUCUCUGUCGAGAAGACAGAGCAAGCGAAGCGAGAAAAUUUAUGGAGGAGUGUCUGAAUAAAGGGUGUGCUGUCAAUGUGGUAAACUUUACUACUGUCAUUCAUGGAUUCUGUCAAAUGGGUGACUUAGAGGCUGCUGUAUCUGUCUUUGAUGACAUGUAUUUAAGUAACAAACACCCUGAUGUUGUUACAUAUACAACAGUUAUUGAUGCAUUGGGACGGAAAGGUAGAGUGGAAGAA